AGACAUUUGUUAUUAUUUGAGACAAAAUCUCAGGUGCAUUCAUACCUUGCUUAUAAAAUCUUCCCACGUUCAUGUGAAUGUGAUUCUAAGUAGAAUGCACAUUGAUGCCAUUUGGAAUGCAACAAUAUGCAUUUACAAUCCAGCAAAAUCGUCUGUAUACAACAUGACCUAUGCAUAUCAACCUGCGACCUGAUUUUGAACUCAUAUAAAUCACAAUGUAAAAAUGCGAGCAUUAUUAUUUGACACAUUUCUAGCACACAAAAAGCAAUUAAUGCUGUCAUCGAAUCCACCAUUACCGACUUUCUUUCUGGAGCAAGUCUACGAGACAAAUGUUACCGACACCACCACUGCUGCUGGUGGUGGUGGCUGUUCUGCUGGGAGGAGUGUGUUCGGUAGCCGACAACAGCGGCGCCGAACAGAUUCACCUGUCCUUCACCGAUGACGUCACCACCAUCCAGGUCACCUACAGCACCUUCCAGCCGGUGAAGGCCUCGGCCAGAUACGGCACAGACCAGCCCGACACACUGGUCGAAGGGUCAUCGACCCCGUUUGCACAGGAUGCCGCUGGCACUCAUCUUCAGUAUAUCAAUCGCGUGUCUCUGCCCGGUCUGUGUCCGGGGGAGCGGCACGUCUACCAGGUGCUCGGUCCGGCCGGAUGGUCUGAGGUGUUCUGGUUCAGAGCCAUACCCGAGGGAAGCGACUGGAGCCCCCGGCUGGCCGUGGUCGCGGACAUGGGCACGAAUCCCUCCACGCUGCCAUUUCUCGUGAACGAUACCCGUGAGGGCAUGUACGACGCGGUGCUGCACGUCGGCGACUUCGCCUACGACAUGUUCACCGACAACGGCACCAAGGGUGACGAGUUCCUGCGUCAGAUCCAGCCGGUGGCCGCCCACCUGCCCUACAUGACCUGUCCCGGCAACCACGAGCAGCGCGCCAACUUCUCCAACUACAAAAACAGGUUUAGUAUGCCCGGUGGAACGGAAGGCAUGUACUACAGCUUCAAUAUGGGUCCCGUCCAUUUCAUCUCCAUAUCUACCGAGUUCUACUACUUCCUGGAGUACGGAUUUGAACAGGUUUUCUCGCAGUAUAACUGGCUGCGUGCUGAUUUGGCGGCUGCCAACCAGCGAUCAAUCCGAAAUGUUCGUCCCUGGAUAGUGCUGUUUGGCCACCGGCCAAUGUACUGUAGCCACAAGCCCAACCACGCCUGCACUGAGUGGCACGACCGGCUCAGAGUCGGAGAGGACGAGUUCAAGCCAGCCCUCCCUGGUCUGGAGCAUCUCCUGGUCUCCUCCGGCGUUGACCUUGCGCUCUGGGCUCACGAACACUCCUACCAGCGCUCGUGGCCAGUCCGUGACGGUACGGUGACUGAUACUGGGGGUGAUCCGUACCGUAACCCCGGCGCGCCGGUACACAUCACGGCGGCCUCGGCGGGCCGGAGCACGGACAAGAAGCCAGAAAAUCUGCAUUGGAUGCCAUGGACGGCCUACCGCAGCUCCACCGAGGGAUACACCCGGCUGAGCUUCCACAACGCCACCCACUUGACCAUCGAGCAGGUGGCCGUGGGGGAGGACGGUGCCGCCUCUGUGGUAGAUACCGUCACCAUCAUCAAAGAGGAGUGCUUCACUUAGCCGUUGUUGACCAGUCAUUCUUUGGUGUACCGUUAAGUCAAAAAUAAAGGGAGUGAGUUUUAAGGCUAUAAAAGGGAUAGGUGAAAUUGUUCGCACCGAAGUCUCCUUCACAAUGUUUCGUCAUGUGCUCCGUCACAGCAAAACAGCAAUGGAUGCGAGUUAUAGUUCUUCCAUUAUUGUACAAUGGUGCAACAGCAUUCCGUUUGUAAUAAAGGUGAUCAGAUGUUUUUCAUUAACGCACGUCAAUCACGCCCCGGAGAUAAUUCAACAUGUAUUCAUUCGAUAAACGAUUCCACGUCGAUGCUAUGAAGCUGUCAUAAAACGAUCGUCAACGCCGUUUUAUACCGUUAUCUACAUUCAUGUGUGAAUAUGUGUUAUAACUCUGAACAAGUCUGCGUUGCAAUUA